CUUCAGGAGGACCUACAGAGGUCCAGGAUUACAGGACCAGCAACAAAGCCAGGGGACACUGGAGAGGGAAAAACAGGAGCUGUUACUGGAUUUAUGCCUGAGAGCAGCACUUUACAAAGGAGAGAGCUUUCACAGAGUAGUGAACGAACUUCUCUCAUUGUUUUCUGUGAACACUGACUUACAUAACAUCCUCCUUGAUUUUUAUCAACACGUCAAGAGUAAAGGGUGUUCAAGUGUCAUUCCGAAGCUGAGAGCACUUUUCCAGUCAGCUCCUGCAGUCUGGUCCAUAAACCUCUCAGAGAGAAAGACCUCCAUCCUCCUGGAAGUGCUGAAACUCCAACCAGAGAAGAAACCUGUGGAGGUGACAGGCUGCUCAGAUGAAGAGAGUGAAGUGAGGAGUUUCCUACAGUGUCUGCCUUAUAUCUCACAGCUCAGUGUCUCUCAGCAGUUUAGAGGCUCAGGUGAAGUCAAGUUCUUUGGGAAUCUGUUCUGUGCAGCAACAAAGAGAGAACAGCAGACAGGAGAGAAGAUACUGGAGCUGUUAUCAUCAGUGUGCAGAUAUCAAACAUUCCCUCUUAAAGAAAAAUGGUGUGAUUUCCUGCUGGACCUGUACUCGUAUGACCCUGAAACAGGCUUGAGGGUCCUUCCAUCAUUACAGUCAGUUUUCCAGUCAGCUCCUGCAGUCUGGUCCAUAAACCUCUCAGAGAGAAAGACCUCCAUCCUCCUGGAAGUGCUGAAACUCCAACCAGAGAAGAAACCAGUGGAGCUGACAGGCUGGUCAGAUGAAGAGAGUGAAGUGAAGAAUUUCCUACAGUGUCUGCCUUAUAUCUCACAGCUCAGAUUACAACCCUGGUUUAGAGACUCAAGUGAAGUCAAGUUCUUUGGGAAUCUAUUCUGUGCAGCAGCAGAGAGAGAACAGCAGACAGGAGAGAAGAUACUGGAGCUGUUAUCAUCAGUGUGCAAAUAUCAAACAUUCCCUCUUAAUGACAGAUACAUGGAUGAUGAUUAUUUCAGGAAAUAUCGUUGUGGUUUCCUGCUGGAUCUGUGCUCCCACCUGAAGGACUAUGAGACUAAAACAGGCUUGAGGGUCCUUCCAUCAUUACAGUCAGUUUUCCAGUCAGCUCCUGCUGUCUGGUCCAUAAACCUCUCAGAGAGAAAGACCUCCAUCCUCCUGGAAGUGCUGAAACUCCAACCAGAGAAGAAACCAGUGGAGCUGACAGGCUGCUCAGAUGAAGAGAGUGAAUUGAGGAGUUUCCUACAGUGUCUGCCUUAUAUCUCACAGCUCAGGUAAAUGAAUUGAACUUCUGGAAACUCACUGUUAGUUUGAAGGUGAAGUGUUGGUGAGUCUAGAGCAGUGGUUGGCAAUAGGCAGCCCGCGGGCCAGAACUGGCCUGCCAGCAGUAAUACCUGCUGCCAGGUUGCAUUAAAAGCAGAAAAAUUAAAAAUAAAUAAAUUGACAGCAGCUGGUGCUGGAAUAGAUAUCAGUCACUUUAUUGAAAGCUUUUACUUUGAAAAGUUCUGAAGG